CUCACACACACACACACAUAGAUACAUACACACUCAUGCCAGGAUACUACAAACCGGAGAAGGGAUGUUGGUGUUUUUUAAAUUUAUUUAUUGAAAAUUUUGAUUUAGGGACGAUGUGUGCGUCCGUGGAGCUGAGCGUCGUUCCGACGUGACCGAACGGAAUGCCGUUGUUGUGCGUUUGUUAGGCACAACAACAUCCUUUCUGCUGAUACACACACCCUCACAUACACACUGAAACACACACAGUGAAAGGUUUUGACAGCCGCAAGAACAGGCAACGGAAGGCAUGGCGACGCAAAACGACUGCUGUGUGAAAGUCUCCUUGAGGAUUCGUCCUCAGAUGGCAAAGGAGAAGAUCGAGGGCUGCCACAUCUGCACUUCAGUAACCCCUGGAGAGCCCCAGGUGCUCCUGGGUAAAGACAAGGCCUUCACGUAUGACUUUGUGUUCGACAUUGACGUCCAGCAGCAGACGAUCUACAGCGCCUGCGUCCACAAGCUCAUCGAAGGCUGCUUUGAGGGAUACAAUGCUACAGUGUUCGCCUACGGUCAGACCGGUUCGGGGAAGACGUACACCAUGGGCACAGGCUUCGAUGUGACUGUAAGCGAGGACGAGCAAGGGAUCAUUCCGCGUGCUGUGCAUCAACUCUUCGAGGGUAUUCAGAGACGGCGAACGGAGGCACAGGAAAGUGGCUUACACCCACCCGAGUUUAAAGUCAGCGCACAGUUUCUGGAGCUCUAUAACGAGGAGAUCCUGGACCUGUUUGACAGCGCCCGUGAUACUGGCAGGAAGUCCAACAUAAAGAUCCACGAGGACAGCAGCGGAGGCAUCUACACAUCAGGAGUGACCUCACGUCUAGUCAGCUCAGAGGAAGAGCUCCUCCAGUGUCUCAAACUCGGCGCUCUGUCCCGCACCACGGCCAGCACUCAGAUGAACGCCCAGAGCUCCCGUUCUCACGCCAUCUUUACCAUUCACCUGUGCCAGAUGAGAGUGUGUCCUCAGGGCCAGUUGGCGAAUGAGUCUCUGAGCGCUGAAGUGAACGGUGUAGCCGACGGCUCGAUGUCUCAGGCUGAGUAUGAAACCCUAACUGCAAAGUUUCACUUUGUGGAUCUGGCCGGAUCAGAGCGCCUCAAACGCACAGGAGCCACAGGCGAGCGAGCACGAGAAGGCAUUUCCAUCAACUGCGGCCUGUUGGCUCUGGGUAAUGUGAUCAGUGCACUAGGAGAUCAGAGUAAGAAGUCUGGUCAUGUGCCUUACAGAGACUCCAAACUUACUCGCUUGCUGCAGGAUUCACUCGGAGGGAACAGUCGGACAGUGAUGAUCGCCUGCGUCAGCCCCUCAGACCGGGACUUCAUGGAGACCCUGAACACACUGAAGUAUGCCAACAGGGCACGUAACAUCAAAAACAAGGUUGUGGUGAACCAGGACAAGACCAGCCAGCAAAUCAGCGCCCUGCGUGCCGAGAUCGCACGUUUGCAGAUGGAGCUCAUGGAGUAUAAAACGGGGAAGCGCGUGGCUGGGGAGGAUGGCUCGGAAGGCUUCAGCGACAUGUUCCAGGAGAACUCCAUGCUGCAGAGGGAAAAUGACAACAUGCGCAUGCGCGUAAAGGCCAUGCAGGAGACCAUCGACCACCUCAAUGCCAGAGUCACUCAACUCCUGACCAAUGAGGUCAACCUACUGCUCACUAAAACAGGAGAAACUAAUGAGGAGAUUGGGAAUCUGAUUCAAAACUACAUCCGAGAGAUUGAAGAACUCCGGUCGAAGUUGUUGGAGAGCGAGGCGAUGAACGAGUCUCUGAGACGCAGCAUGUCUCGCCUCUCUUCUCGCUCUUCUUACCCUAUCUCUCACACACCUCCACCUGGACACCCCCUGGGCUCCUCCCCGUCCAUGUCCAUGGAGGCCGAGAUGACGGAUGUGCUACGGCGCGCCAAGUUGGACAUCGAAAGGCUGAAGAAGAAAGAGAGGAAUCAGAGGCGCAAGAGUCCAGAAACGGAGAAAGGUUUGAAGAAGAGAGCAAAGCUCCAGGCUCAGGAGAAUGGGCAGAGCUGUGAGAGCAGAGAGAACGGAGACGGUGACUCGGAUAACGAGCCUGAAGAGGAAGGUAUGUACCCUCUGCCUGAGGAGGAGAGUGGCUGUGAUGAAGAUGAGGAAGACGAGGAAGAGGAGAUCAGGGACGAGGAAGAAUUCGACAGCGAUGAGAGCCUGGUGGACUCGGACUCUGACUCCGAUGAAAAAGCAAACUUCCAAGCCGACCUGGCAGACCUGACUUGUGAGAUCGAGAUCAAGCAGAAGCUGAUAGACGAACUGGAGAACAGUCAGCGGCGGCUGCUGACGCUCAAACUUCAGUAUGAGGAAAAGCUCAUUAUGUUACAGAACAAAAUCCGUGAUACACAGCUGGAGCGUGACCGCGUACUGCAGAACCUCAUGUCCAUGGAAAACUACACAGAGGAAAAGGCCAACAGGAUCAAGGCGGAGUACGAGAAGCGUCUGAAGGAGAUGAACAGGGAUCUGAUGAAGCUGCAGGCGGCACAAAAAGAGCAUGCGCGCCUGCUGAAAAACCAGGGUCGAUACGAGAGAGAGCUUAAGAAACUGCAGGCGGAAGUGGCUGAGAUGAAGAAAGCCAAGGUUGCAUUGAUGAAACAGAUGAAGGAGGAACAGCAGAAGAGGAGGAUGAUUGAUGCCAAGAGGAACAGAGAGAUCGCCCAGCUCAAAAAGGAACAGCGACGGCAAGAGUAUCAGAUCCGCGCUCUCGAGUCGCAGAAGCGGCAGCAGGAGAUCGUCCUCAGGAGAAAGACUCAGGAAGUGACAGCUCUGCGUCGACUAGCUAAACCCAUGUCGGAGCGUGUGGCGGGCCGCAUCUCACGUCGCCCACCGAGCUUGGACUCAGGAGCCGAGCUCUCAGCCAGCACCACCACCUCCACCAACACCUCUUCAGAACCCGAGUCUAGCCGUUCCGUCUCCAGCAUCGUCCGGCAGUGGAACAACAAGCUGAACGGCUACCUGGGAGAGAGCGAGGGAUCUGGAGGAGGAAUAUCCCGACUGGCCAAUGGAAGGAAGAAGUUACAGAGAAAGGGCGUGAGUAGCAGUUUCUCGAAGACGGCGCGGCAAAAAUGGCAAGCGCUGGAGAGAAGGGUGAUGGACAUAGUGAUGCAGAGGAUGACCAUUUCCAAUGUGGAGGCUGACAUGGACCGCCUCAUAAAGAAACGAGAGGAGUUGUCCAUGCAGCAGGAGGCGCUGUUGCGCAAGCGGGAGAAGCUCCUGAGCGAGGGGCCUAGAGAGGAGGAGGACGAACGAGUGGUUCAGGAGAUGAACGAAGAAAUCGAGGUGCUCAAUGCCAACAUCGACUACAUCAACGACAGCCUGUCUGACUGCCAGGCCACAAUUGUACAGAUUGAAGAGACUAAGGAUGAACUGGACUCAGUGGACAUGUCGGUGGUCAUCAGUUCCUGCUCCCUCACAGAAGCCCGUCACCUUUUAGAUCAUUUCCUUAAAGCCUCCAUAGAUAAAAACUUGCAGGUGGCUCAGAAAGAAGCCCAAAUCAGGUUGUUAGAGGGCCAGCUGCGGCAGACAGACGUGAUUGGCUCUUCCCAUAAUCACAUGAUCCUGGAUGCCUUGCGGGAGAAGGCAGAGUGUAUCCCGGAGUUACAGGCUCUCAUUCACAAUGUCCAACAGGAAAACGGCUAUGCCAGCACAGACGAGGAGGUGUCCGAGUUCAGCCAGGCCUCAGAAACAAGUUACUCUCAAAUGAAAUCUUCAGCCAGUCAGGAUGACUUCAAGAUAAAGGCUGAGCCUCGCAUUUUAGGUCAGAUGAAGGCAAUAUCAGCAGAAUACUUGGGCCCUGUCCUGGACACCACCACCAAAAACAUCACCAAGUCUCUGGCCUCUCUGUCUGAGAUUCAGGAGAAUGGCUUGGGGUUUGUCCUGCGCGAGACCUACUCCAGAGAAAGCGUGUCCCGGACUAUUAACCUGCCGGUCCGGGGACACACAUUUCCCAGGCAGUCUAGAGGCUCGGACGCAUCACCGUUCACCAGACGGCCAUCGUAUGAUAGAAGUCAGUCAUACAGACCUCCAGAGACCAUCUACACACCACCCUCAUCCCCUCCCCUCCGUACCCGUAACGACCGCAAUGUUUUCUCCCGCCUUACAAGCAACCAGAGCCAGGGUUCUGCACUGGACAAGGGCGUGAUCAGUCCCAUGUCAGGGCUGAAGGGGGGUAGGACAGCUCCUCUGCAGUGCGUGGCCGUAGCUGAGGGACACUCCAAGCCGGUGCUCUGCCUGGAUGCUACUGAUGAGCUGCUUUUUACUGGAUCCAAAGACCGCACAUGUAAGAUGUGGAACCUGGUGACCGGCCAGGAGAUAGUGACACUGAGGGGACAUCCGAACAACGUGGUGUCUGUCAAAUACUGCAGCAGCUCCGGCUUGGUCUUUACUGUCUCCACAUCCUACGUCAAAGUGUGGGACAUACGUGACUCUGCUAAGUGUGUGCGCACCUUCACAUCCUCAGGUCAGGUUGUGUCAGGAGAUGCCUGUGCUGGCACCACCACCCGGACAAUCACUGCGACCCAGGGCGAAUACCAGAUCAACCAGAUUGCCUUGAACCCAUCCGGCUCCGUGCUUUACGCUGCAGCAGGGAACACGGUUCGAACCUGGGACCUAAACAGAAUGCAGGCCUCAGGGAAGCUGACAGGCCACAUCGGCUCAGUCAUGUGUCUAACGGUGGGCUACUCCGGUGGAGGCAAAGACCAGGUCAUCACCGGCUCAAAGGAUCACUAUGUGAAGGUGUUUGAUGUUGCGGAAGGCAUGCAGGGUAAUAUCGGUCCGGCUCACAACUUUGAGCCGCCUCACUAUGACGGCAUCGAGUGCCUGGCCGUUCACGGCGACGUGCUGUUUAGCGGCUCCCGUGACAACGGGAUCAAAAAGUGGGAUCUGGAGCAGCAGGAACUGAUUCAGCAAAUCCCGAAUGCCCAUAAGGACUGGGUGUGUGCGCUGGCCUACGUGCCUGGGCGACCCAUGCUGCUCAGUGCCUGCAGGGCGGGCAUGCUGAAGGUCUGGAACGUGGACAACUUUACACCUAUUGGAGAAAUCAAGGGCCAUGACAGCCCAAUCAACGCCAUCUGCACCAACUCCAAACAGAUAUUUACUGCCUCUAGUGACAGGACUGUGAAGAUCUGGAACCUGCGGAUUGCAAAGAAGAGGUGACAGCUUUAAUGAAAGCCAACGAUAGUCUACGUUCCUUUGGUCAGGCUGCUGACCGCAAGGUGACUCAGCUUGUCUGCAGAGGUCAGAGGUCAGAGGUCACAAUCUGGAGCUCCAGGGCCAGAUAAAGGUCUCGUAAUGGAAGAUUGGUUAUAAGAAGAUAAAGGCAAUAGUGAAUCUAAAGUGCCAUCCUGUUGGUAUUUUUGAACCACACACCAAAUAACGAAAUGCGUGUGUGUUUACGGCACGCACGUAAACAUUUACAGAAAGUGUCCUUCUGUGCCAAUUCCUUUUUGAAGAGAAAAAAAAGUGUCACUUUAGAUGUAGCUGCUGUCCGUUUUUGUUUAUUUAUUAUUUCAAGGAUAAAACCAGGCUAAAUAUGGAGGCCUUGGGAAAUCACUUCUGAGCCAAAUGGUGGGGGUAAAUCCCAUCCCCCAACCCCCCAGAGACACAUGUUUCAGUUUUUUUGAUCGACUGAAUAUUCGACUUCAUCAUAGCAAGCGUCCUACUGGAAGCAAGAAGGAGUUUGAUUCAUCUGUUACCAUCUGGUGGAGGUUCUCUGGAGAGUCUGGAUACAAAUGACGUGACUGCGUAAUAGUGCUUGCACAGCCGCAUAAGGUGUCAACUUAUUAUGACUUUAAUACAAUCUAAUAAGGACUUGGUGUCUUCUUAAUCGCUCGUAAUCUUGAACACGCAUAAGAAAUCUUUGUAUAGCUUCCUCUCCUUUUUCAAACAAUUGUGUUCUCCGUGCUGUGAAAGUUCAGUGUUCUACCUCAGGUUUAAAUGUGUUUUGGGGUCCGAAGCCCUGUCAAAUGUUUGCGCUCGAUGCUCUAGCCCACUUCCUUCUCCCAGUCUAUUUCGUUUUCUGAACUCCGCAAGCCCGUUAUCCACACUCUGCUGAGCGGACACUUUUAGACUCUGGCUUCAAUAAGCUCGGGCCAGCAGCGGCCUGAAGUGUGCAAUAAAACCGACAGUUUGCUCUAAUGAAGGCUCUAGUGCUUGAGCAGGUGGAAUGAGAUUUUCUUCUAGUGGGUUUCUCCUACUGAGAAUCAGGUCUCAAUCAGUUCAGUUCAGUCUAACCUAACUGAGUGACUACGGUUGGUGUUUAAUGCCGGAAAUGGCAAAUACACCCCCCAAGGUAUCGCAGUAAUGGUGUGCUGUUUAACAGAAUGUACAGUAAUCUAAUAGAAGUCAUUUUUAUCAAUCACUAUGUAUGCGUAAUGGGUGAAGCAAAAAUCCUGAACUUUUUGUUUUGCUUAUUGCUAAAAGAUUACAUGUAAUAUUUAAUAGGAUAGCAACAAUUCUCAUUGAGAUGUAAAAUGGGCUGGUUUCUUCGAAGGUCUGUGAGGAACAAUUUGGGGGUCAAUGAGUAAAAUCUAAUUUAGUUGUGAAAAUGAUCCUAAGUUGUUUUUAAGAUUUUAAAGUCAUUAGCUGAACUGACUGGGGAGUUAAAUCCAGAUCUAAAUAACUAAAAAAAAAACCUAUAAAUAAUGUGAAUCAGGACAGAUAGGUCAGGAAUAAUAAUAAUUACAGCACAAAUAAAUAGUCAGAAUCUGGCUUAUACGUGUUUGUAAAACAUGCCUGAUAUUUAAAUAGUUGGAUAAUAACCAUAAAAUAAACCAGUGUGUGCAUCCAAGGGAUUUUAUUUACCAAAACCACUGAUAACCCCAGAUCUGCAGUCCCAUAGAUUUAUUUUAUUCCUAAAAAUCGGUGAAAUAUAAAGCAAAAACCCCAAAAAACGGCGGAACAUCAAAUAAGUCUAAAAGUCCUCGUCUAGACACAAGUUGUGUCUUUGUCUGAUAUUAUCUCAUAGGAUCCAUCCCAAUUUCCUUUUUUUCCACUGCAUCUCUUUAAAAUAUGCAGAGAGCAGUGUCGAGAAGUAGGUCGUCUUCAAAGCCGUAUUUUUUUUUUCUCUGCUCACCUUUUAAAAUAAAAAACAACAACAAAAAAAAACAGUUGUUUAUUAAACGAAAUAGGAAACUGGCCUGCUGGUGCCAGAGGAGCCGACACUCCUGAUGGGGUAUGUGGGCGAUGGCAGGUUGCGUCUUGGCAUAACACUGGUAUGUAUUUUUAGAGCAUCAAUCAUCAUCUUCCAGGGCUGCACUCUUCUCCCGGCCCCCAGAUUUACUGUCUUUUUUAAUGAAACAUAUUUAUCACCCUAAUCUUUCCUGUGCGGCCCCCGGCGCAUCUAUAUCUGUAGGAGCAGCUGUCGGUGGGUGCUCGGCUGUCAGGACCAAGCUCUGAUUUCCAGCUGUGAGGGAUGGGUUUGCCGUGCUAAAAGCCCCGCAGCACAGAUCGUGGCAAAAUGCGCCGUGUUUAAGGAGCCGGUCUCCCAUUAAAACGGUGAGCCGAUUCCCCAUACCCCCCCCCUCCCACUACCCCCCCUUAUAGUUUUUCUGCAUAUUUAUUACGAUACUGCUCAAGCAAAGAAUGGGGGAUUUUGUCUUAAUGAUGCCAUCGUGCUAUUAUGUGAAUACAACAGUUUUCUUAUAAAAAUGUCAAGCUGCUGUUUAACCCAGUGUUUAUUAUGAGAUUACACCACAGCGCUGUUGAAUUCUCGAUUAUGCUCGGUUUAUUCAUUUCCAGGAACAGAAGCUCUGACUGUACGUCCAGCUGCAAGGUUUAUGUUAAUGCGCUCAUCUUUGUUGCUAUAGUAACAGGGGACUUGUGUAGUAGACAUACCACAUAAUAGAGAGGAAAAAAAAGGUUUACGUGUAAUCAUGGGUCAAUUUAAAAUUCAAGGAAGGAGUCUUCAGUUCUAGUGCUUUGUAAAAGUCAGAAGUUAACUUUACACACAAAAGGCAUCAGGAUCAUUUUGCAGAUAAAGAAGCUGCAUCUUUUUGUGAAGAAAGAGAGAAAGAGACUGGUGAUGUGACAUAACAUAAAAUAAACGUGACAAUUAAUAAACAAUACGUCGUUUAAUUUUAAAUAUUAAUAAAAAACUGUAGAUGUUUACACGUGCGAGUAGUAAAUGAAGGAUAAAACUGUCUAUUGGAAACUAAUCAACUGUUUAUGCUGAUUAUUACUACACACCACAGUAUUGUUUUAUUUGUCACAUACUACUGCAUCAUCAGCCCAAACAAACGCCUAAUGUUUAUGCGAUUUGUGAUAUAAAUAGAUAGAGGGAGGGUCUGAAUGUUCUUUUGAAGUGUGUGCAAAGUAUUGGCACAUCCCCCCCCUAAAUCAUCAUCAUCUUCCUUAAAGCUUUCCAAAGCUUCUGCGUAUUGAAACCACUGAAACCGCAUCACAAACACACACACAACAAAAAUACACACUUUAACUAUCUAUCUAUAUAUCUAUCCAUUUUCUAUCUGUACUUUUUAGCGCUGAAUAGAUUUUUUUUAAAGCUAUAUAACCCUGUGAAAACCAUAUUUGUAGUUUAACAAGUGAUUUGGAGCACUGCUACAGAUCACUAAACUUGUUGCCAAAGCUUUUGAACUGUGAUAAUUUCAGCACAUAUUUAUUCUGUUUGUGUUUAUUCCUCUUCGAUUUUUCAUCCUGCAGCAUUCCUACUCUUUUUUUAAUGCUGUUGCUAAACUAAUGAGUCAUCAACAGUAAAUACCAUUUUUUUUCUUUGCUUUUUAAAAAACAAAUCCUUUUUUUUCCCAAAGCUUUUCCCUCAUUAGUUAGCUGAAGAGACUGUACAGUAUGUCUGGCUGUAUUCAUUUCAUUUGUAGAAAUGAAGGCAUUUUAGAGCUUUUUUUUUUUUUGAAUGAUUCCUAUUUUCAUAUUGUUUCAUGACGAAUGUUGACUAUGGAAUAAGUGGGAACGAAGCUUUAUUUGGCUAGUGCUCAGAGACUGUGAAAUAGAGGGAUAUAACCUCUAAGUGUGCAUUGAAUGAAAUGUGGAUUUAAUGGCCUCCACUUUAUGCUGUGGAUACGACCGCAAUACAGUAAACUCCUUGGACAGUGUGUGAUGUAGAAAAACAACUUCUAGAUUCGAAAAUGUUUUCACAGCUUUCGCAAGCUGUUUUUUUGGUGCUCAAACAAACAUAACCAUUAUAACCCAAUGUAACAAAAUCCUUAUUUAUUUCCUUCCUUUCCGUUUACAUGUAUUUCUGUUUUUGCAUGGCCCGAACGUGAGGCAGAAAUAACUUGUACAUUGUUAACACUGCACCGUUUUCUGCAUAUGGGAGGAUGUCAGUGCCUGACUAUAGGUAUCUACAAUCAUCUGUGCACUAACCUGGGCUUUGCAUUGCUGCUGCUGCUUUCUUAUUUUAAUGAAGACAGUGGGGUGGGAGUAGCCGGCCCACCCUUGCCUUAUGGUCCAACUCUCUCUUUCUCCAAACCUUUACUUACACUGAUCCUCAGCGCUGCCCUUUAAAUGCUCAGCGAUGAUUGUUACCUUUGGACAUACUGUAUCUGUCAAUCAUUAAGAAUAGAUUUAAGAUAUACCAACAGAUAUGCAUAUAUAAAGGUACAGUGCUGUGCAAAUCUUCGACCCCCCUUAUUUCUUUAUGUGCCUAAAAAUACAAUUUAGCAACAGCAACCUAAUGUCCCCUCUCGUCUGUUCCAACCCCCGGUAUACUAAUCACUGGCCUGAUCAUCUGUCAUCACCUGCAUCUGUUUCUCACUGGUUUAUGCCUUAAGUUAGAUUUUUUUUAUGAUUGAUUGAUUCAUAAGUGGCUUAGUGGUUAACACUGUCACUUUGCACCUCCAGGGUCCAGGUUGGAUUCCUACUCAGGUUUGAUUUAGCCUCUGUGUACAUGGAGUUUGCAUGUUCUUCCCGUGCUUGGUAGGUUUCUUCUGGGUACUCGGGUUUCCUCACACAGUCUAAAGCAGAUUAGUCUAAUUGGCAUUCCCAAAUUGCCCGUAGUGUGUAAAUGAGUAUGUGAGUGUGUUUGUUCACUGCAAUGUGUUGGCACCCACGACCCUGUAUACAGAAUAAAGUGGCAUAGACGAUGAGUGAGUGAGAGUGAUUCACAGGUCACUGUGUGGCUUAACAAACUAAAAAACAUUUCUCUGAAACUGGUCAGAUAGAGGGACUGGAGCCAGAAAUUUGCACAAAAUGAGGGCCAAAAAGUCAACUAGGAAAGCUGGAGAAUUGUUCCUCGAGACUACAUUAAAAAUAGAAGAAAGUCUGGCUCUUACUAUAUGCAUAAUGUGAAGAACUAAGGAAUGGCUCGAACCUUUUGCACAGUACUGUAUACGUGUGUGUAUAUAUGUCAUAUAUAAUUUUGUGCAAAAGCCUUUUCUGACUUUUUGCAUUUAUGCAAUAUGGAAAGCAUUUAUAAAUUUUGAUGAUAACUGGAAAAGGACUGAAGAUUAGACGUCCCUGAUCAGAAACAUACAUUACUAUAUACUGUACAACCAGCGUUUGUUACAGGAAAGGUGAGCAGAGAUCAAAGUUUGCCCUGGCUCUAGCUGAUGGAUAUCAGUGGAGGCAAAUGAAGGCGCGUGCAGAGAGCAGGUUCAUCACGCAGCAGCAAAACAACAUGGUCAAAGGUGCCUUUUUAUUGCACAGACUCCUCCCAAGAACUGGAAAUGUUUCGACAGCGGUGUUUGUCUGUUCUUUUUACAUGUGCAUAUGGGUGUAAAAAAAAAAAAAAAAACCUUGACUGUAAAUAUUGUAGUUAAUUUUUAUUUAAUGAUUGAUUAAGCAUUGCUGCACAAAAAAUAAAAACUGGCUCAAAAUCA